CCGACAAUCACGUACUAGUGGUUCUUUAUGUGGAUCAUCUUCGUCCACUUCAAAUUCAAUGGGGAAAAGCUCUUUCCGCCCUAAGAAUAUACAAGGUUUAAAUACAUCUACAAGUGAUUAUAAGUUGGAUGUUGCAUCCAAUCUUCCACGACGUGCUCAUUCUCUUCUGUCAAGAAACUCUUUUGGUUUGGAUGAUCCUACACAUACUUCCAUGGAGCAGCUUAUAAUGCCUGCAAGUGUCGGUGAAUCACAGCCGUUUGUGCCCUCUGUAACACCAAACUGGCAGCAAGUUUCAUCAGAACAUUUUCCGGCAGAUCAUCAAGUGCCUUUCUACUCCCCACAUUGCUUCAACGGAUCUGCCUGAUAUGACAUGUAUGCAGCAGCUCUUCCAAGAGUUUUUAACAGUUUGGCACAUUCUUUUUCAUGCCAAAUAACUCAUACUAAUAAUGCUAUCUCUUUCUGGUGGAGCACAGAUGUGGUAACCUUCUCUUUGUGGUCAAAUAGUAAGGCAAACAUGGCAAAGCAUGAAGUAAAGACAGAGUACUUGAACCGCAUGAAGUCUCUUUGCCGCUUAAAAUAAGUAGUUUCAUAGCACAUUGUUUCGUACGUUUUCUAGGAUCAGAUAUUAGCACCAUCACAAGUCAUUGUUGACUUCCAAUUGACUGAGAGUUGGAAUUAGCGUGCCAAACUCAUUGUAGAUGUUGUCUUUUUAUUUGAAGUUUGUAGAACAAGGAUGAGUCCGUGAGG